UCACUGCCAUAUUUUACUACAUUUUAGGUAAGGAACUGCAUUAAAGCGACCCUAUCGCCCUGCAUGUAGCCAGGGGCGGACUGACAACUCAUGGGGCCCCCGGGCAAUAGGGGAUCAUGGGACCCCUGUGUCUUGCCCAAACUCAAAAAAGCCUAUGAAAAAGGUACCAGGGGCAUCUCAUGGGGCCCCCUACUGACCCGGGCCCUCGGGCAGUGCCCGAGUUUCCAAAUGGUCAGUCUGCCCCUGCAUGUA